CGUGGUUGUUUGGCAGUGGUCUCGCGCGUCCACCUCGCCUACGCAGGAGCUAGCUGGAAGCUUCUGAUAAGCCAGUGAGUCAUUUUGUUUACCAUUUGCUUUGAGUCAUUUUCGGGGCUGUCUACUGCAAGUGCCUCCGUGUAUAUCUACCCAAUCUCCCAGACCACGUACCCUGGGGGUCAUGAGGACCAAACCUUCCACAACUAUAUCAAUUGCGUGUUGUUUCCACAGUUAGUGCUGGGACCCUAACUAAAUUCUCACUUUUUCCAGCCCAGGAAGCCCCCUUCCAAUGGCUAUUCCCGCGCAAUCGGCGGCCACCACCAUGGCUACCUUCACCCGCAUGGUGAAGGGCCAGGUGCGCCAUUACUCCGCACCCCUGGACAUGGCCAUCCCCGCCUCCAAGCAGAAGUACAUCCCUUCGUCCGGGUCCUACCCCAAGGGGUUCUCCGUCUCGGGGACUCACGUCGGCGUCAAGGCCUCCAACACCAAGUUCCCGGACCUGGCCCUCAUCUCCUCCGAGACCCCCUGUACCGCGGCCGCGGUCUUCACCACCAACAAGUUCCAGGCCGCCCCCGUGCAGGUCAGCCGCAACAUCCUGCAGACCCGGCAAGGCCAGGGCAUCCGGUCGGUGGUGAUCAACUCUGGGUGCGCCAACGCGGUGACCGGCAAGGGCGGACUAGAGGAUGCGACCAACAUGGGUGCCAAGGUGGAUGAAUGCCACGGCCUCAGCGGGGAGGAACCCAGCACCCUGGUGAUGAGCACCGGAGUGAUUGGACAGCGCCUCCCGAUCUCCAAGAUCCUCUCCAAGAUCCCCACCGCGCAUUCGACCCUCUCCUCGACGCACGAUAGCUGGCUCAGCACGGCGCGCGCGAUCUGCACGACCGACACCUUCCCGAAGCUCCUCUCCACAACCUUCACGCUGCCCAGCUCGCCGGGCCGCACGUACAGCCUGGCCGGGAUGACCAAGGGCGCCGGGAUGAUCCACCCGAACAUGGCGACCCUGCUGGGCGUGCUGUGCACCGACGCGCCCAUCACCGCGGACGCGCUCUCGGCGCUCCUGAAACACGCCGUGUCGCGGUCCUUCAACGCCAUCUCCGUGGACGGCGACACGAGCACGAACGACACGAUCGCGAUCCUGGCCAACGGCGCCGCCGGCGGCGCCCCCGUGACGAACAGUCAGAACUCGGACGACUACCGCGCGAUGCAGACGGUGCUCACGCGAUUCACGCAGUCGCUGUCGCAGCUGGUCGUGCGGGACGGCGAGGGCGCCACCAAGUUCGUGACGGUGCGCGUGCAGAACUCGCCGGACUACGACUCGGCCAAGCUGAUCGCCAGCACCAUCGCGCGCUCCCCGCUCGUCAAGACCGCCCUGUACGGCCGCGACGCCAACUGGGGCCGCAUCCUCUGCGCCGUCGGCUACACCCAGAACGUGAAGGACGGCGUCGUCGUGCCCGACCGCACCAGCGUCAGCUUCCGGCCCGUCGACGGCAGCCCCGAGCUCAAGCUGCUGGUCAACGGCGAGCCCGAGCAGGUCGACGAGGCCCGCGCCGCCGUCAUCCUCCAGGAGGAGGACCUCGAGAUCGUCGUCGAUCUCGGCGGCGGCGCGCUCGGCCCCCAGGGCGCCGGCGGCGAGGAGGCCGUCUACUGGUUCUGUGAUUUCAGCCACGAGUAUGUCACCAUCAACGGCGAUUAUCGGACUUGA